AUGAGUGCCUCAACAAUUGAAGUCACAGAUAGUCUUGCUACUAUAGAAAGCAAUCUUGAUAUAGCCAAAAAUACAUUGCGUACUGCAGAUGCUGUUGGAGGUACCAUAAAACCUUUUGUCCCAUUGAUUGAAAAUACCUUCAAUUCACUCAUGGAUCGUGUUAAUGCUGCCGAGGCAACCAUCAAAACUUUAAAAAGAAGACAAACUGAAAAUGAAAAAAAUUUUCAUUUUGAUGUAGUAAUUACUGAAUUGCAUUUUACAAUGGCCGUUGCUAAUGGUGAACAAAGGAGGAUAGAUCAAAUUACUCUCGAAUCCGAUAUUGCAAAUAUGACCAAGUUUUUGGAAAGAAUAGAAGGUGGCAUAUCUGACCAAAAUCAAAUGAAAGAAGCAUUGGUCGCCUGCAAGCCAAUAACUCCUCAAAAUAGUGACCCUAAAGAAGCCUCAAAAAUUCAACAAGAGCUAUCUAUAUUAGAAAAAUUACGAAAUUCACCCAAAAUUAUCAGAUUUUAUGGUCUUUCACAUACAGAAAACUCAGACGUUAUGGUAUUUGAAUGGGCUGAUCAUGGCUCUCUCAGAGAGUUGUAUUCUCUUGAUAUUUGUCGUGGCCUUACAUUUUUGCAUCCCUGUGAUAUUCUUCAUCAUGAUAUUCGAUGUGAACAUAUUAUGAUGGCUACAGGCCUGGUACCAAAAAUUGCGAAAUUUAAGUAUUCCCGCGAGGCUUCUGGUCCAACAACUGACAUGAAGGGUGUAACAGAUAUUAUGCGUUGGAUGGCUCCCGAAAAAUUGCUUGAUUCUACAAGAAAUAAUGUUCCUUAUUCUUUCAAAUGCGAGAUUUUCAGAAAAAAUCACGUGGGAAAUGCUUCCCCAAAUGUUCAAAAACUUCAAAAAGGAUUGGCAAAAAUCAUUAUGUCUGUAACUGAUGAGUAUUGCUCACCCGACAAAGAAAGUGCUCUUGUACUUUUACCUGAUAAGACAUUAGAUUUAGAUGGAUCUUUAUCUUGUUCAGUUUCCGUUAGCGAUGAAGGUGGUUCGGAUUUAUAUAAAUAA